AUUUACUGUUUUAGCAAUUUCAUUUCUUCAUUUUGGGUUGUAAAAAGAUCUCCACGCUUCAAUCAAAGCUUUUAGGACCAAAAAAUAAUUUUCAUGGGUCCCUUCACCUUUAUUGCAGCAUGGAUGUCAAAUUGGGAUGAUACUUGAGGGUAGGGAUUUCUUCUGCAGUCUACAUUGUACCUAAAAGAAUUUAUUUUUGGUACAGCUAAUGGUUGUUGCUUUUCAAGCUAUACUGCAUUUCAAGAUUAUGUUUUUUUAAGGACAAGGAAUCUCUUGGAGCUUCUGGUUUCCCAAUAUUUGGCUGUGGUUUAGCAUAAGUUUAGGUCACUUGUGGUUUUGAAGACAGCUCUUAGGUUCUUUGGGUUUUGACUGUAAGUAAGUCCUUCACUUAGUGUAGAUUGAGGAGCUUGAGGAUCCAACUCUCUUCUUUUAGGGGAUUGAACUUGCUUCUAUUUUAAAUUGGUGGUAUCUUGGGAAUCUAAUUUGUACUAUUUGUUGGCUGGUGUCAAAGGUAGUUGAUGUCCUUCUGAAGUAGAAGAGUGAGAGCUCACUUUUUGUCUUCACUUGAGUGUGAACUACACAUAAGUAUACCUUAAUUUGUUUAUAGAAGACUAUGAAGCUCUUUAGGCUUUUAGUGUUAUCUUUAUCUUUCUUAUCAGUUGUGGGGCAGCUUCCUUCCCAGGACAUUCUAACAUUGCUGGAAUUUAAGAAAUGUAUCAAGCAUGACCCUACUGGUUAUGUCCUCAAUUCCUGGAAUGAGGAAUCCAUUGACUUUGAUGGAUGCCCCUCUUCAUGGAAUGGAGUUUUGUGUAAUGGUGGUAAUGUUGCUGGGGUUGUCCUUGAUAACAUGGGUCUCUCCGCUGAUGCUGACUUAAGUGUUUUUUCAAACCUCACAAAGCUUGUGAAACUCUCCAUGUCGAACAAUUUCAUGUCAGGAAAACUACCUGACAAUGCUGCUGAUUUCAAAAGCCUUGAAUUCCUGGAUAUCUCCAAUAACCUCUUUUCCUCACCUUUACCACCGGAAAUUGGUAACUUUGGUAGCUUGCAGAAUCUGUCAUUAGCCGGGAACAACUUCUCUGGCCGAAUUCCUAACUCCAUUUCAGACAUGGCUUCUAUCAAAUCUCUCGACUUGAGCCGCAACUCCUUGUCUGGAGCCCUGCCAGCAUCAUUGACUAAGCUGAAUAAUCUUGUAUCUCUUAACUUGUCUCAUAAUGGCUUCACUGGAAAAAUUCCCAAAGGUUUUGACAAGAUCUCUACCCUUGAAAAGCUUGACUUGCAUGGGAAUAUGCUUGAUGGUCCUUUAGAUGUUGGAUUUAUGUUUUUAUCAAGUGUCAGCUAUGUUGAUUUCAGUGAUAACAUGCUAUCAAAUUCUGAUUCCCGGAAGCAGGAGUUUCUACCACGAAUAUCGGAAAGUAUUAAGCAUCUGAAUUUAAGCCACAACCAGCUUACUGGGUCAUUGGUUGGUGGAGCUGAGCAAUCCAUUUUCCAAAACUUGAAGGUUUUGGACCUCAGCUACAAUCAGAUGAAUGGAGAGUUGCCUGGGUUUGAUUUUGUUUAUGAUCUCCAGGUCUUAAAGCUUAGCAACAACAAGUUUUCAGGAUUUAUUCCCAAUGGCCUGCUAAAAGGAGACUCUCUGGUUUUAACUGAACUGGAUUUGAGUGCCAACAAUCUCUCAGGGCCUUUAGGUAUGAUUACAUCUACAACACUUGGUGUUCUUAAUCUCUCGUCAAAUGGGUUCACUGGUGAGCUGCCGCCUCUGACUGGAAGCUGUGCUGUACUUGAUCUGUCAAAUAACAAAUUUGAAGGAAAUCUAUCCAGGAUGUUGAAAUGGGGGAAUAUAGAAUUUCUUGAUCUCAGCGGGAAUCAUUUGACAGGGGCCAUCCCUGAGGUAACUCCUCAAUUUCUGAGGUUAAAUUAUUUGAAUCUAUCCCAUAAUUCUAUUAGCAGCUCCCUCCCAAGAGUCUUAGCACAGUAUCCAAAGCUUAGCGUGCUUGAUAUCAGUUCCAACCAGUUAGAUGGUCUACUUCUAGCUGAUCUGCUCGCAAUGCAGACAUUGCAAGAGCUCCAUCUUGAAAAUAACAUGAUCUCUGGUGGCAUCAACUUAUCAUCUUCUUCUGGCCAAUCACAUCUUCAAAUUCUCGAUCUUUCCCACAAUCAGCUUAACAGUUAUUUCCCUGAUGAGUUUGGGUCAUUGACUGACCUGAGAGUGCUCAAUAUUGCUGGAAAUAAUUUCUCCGGUUCUCUUCCAACAAGCAUUUCUGACAUGAGUUUUCUUGAUUCUCUCGAUAUAUCAGAGAAUCAUUUUACUGGUUCUCUACCAAAUAACAUGCCAAAGGGACUCAAGAACUUCAAUGCUUCACAAAAUGAUCUGUCUGGAGUUGUCCCAGAAAUUCUUAGAAACUUUUCUAGUUCUUCUUUCUUUCCUGGGAAUACUAAGCUACGUUUUCCAAAUGGUCCUCCUGGAUCAACUAUUUCACCUGCUGAAAGUUCCAAGAGAAAGUCUAUGACCACUGUCGUCAAAGUAAUAAUUAUAGUAUCAUGUGUGGUUGCUCUCAUCAUAUUAAUCUUGCUGGCUGUCUUCAUACACUACAUACGCAUGUCAAGAUCUCCACCAGAAUAUGAUACAAGUAAGGAUAUCCGUGCGCGUCCCCAACCGGUUAUCUCUGGCCCAAUUCGCGCUUCGGACCGGGGAGGUGCUUUGGUUGUAUCAGCUGAGGACCUUGUCAGUUCACGUAAAGGGUCACCGUCAGCGGAAAUCAGCCCCGAUGAAAAAACAGCAGCUGUAACCGGGUUCUCACCAUCAAAACACAGCCACAUUUCAUGGUCACCAGAAUCUGGUGAUUCCUAUACUGCUGAUAGUCUUGCAAGGUUAGAUACAAGAUCACCAGAUAGGUUGAUUGGGGAGCUACAUUUUCUGGAUGAUACGAUAUCAUUGACGCCCAAGGAGCUCUCAAGGGCCCCAGCUGAAGUUUUGGGCAGAAGUAGUCAUGGUACUUCUUACAAAGCAACUCUGGACAAUGGUAUAUUGUUGAGAGUGAAGUGGUUGAGAGAAGGGGUGGCUAAACAGAGGAAAGAAUUUGUUAAAGAGAUCAAAAAAUUUGCGAACAUCAGGCAUCCAAAUGUCGUCGGAUUGAGAGGAUACUAUUGGGGUCCUACACAGCAUGAGAAGCUUAUUCUUUCAGAUUACAUUUCACCAGGAAGUCUUGCAAGUUUUCUUUAUGAUCGACCAGGGAGGAAAGGCCCCCUAACCUGGGCCCAAAGGCUCAAAUUAGCAGUUGAUGUAGCACGUGGCCUGAACUAUCUCCAUUUCGAUCGUGCUGUUCCCCAUGGGAACCUUAAAGCCACCAAUGUGUUGUUAGAUACACCCGAUAUGAAUGCACGUGUCUCUGAUUACUGCCUUCACCGGCUCAUGACUCAAGCUGGUACCAUGGAGCAGAUUCUUGAUGCUGGGGUCUUGGGUUACCGCGCACCAGAGCUAGCUGCUUCCAAGAAGCCAAUGCCCUCCUUCAAGUCUGAUGUGUAUGCUUUUGGGGUGAUACUUUUGGAACUUCUAACUGGAAGAUGUGCUGGUGAUGUGGUAUCCGGUGAAGACGGAGGUGUGGAUCUUACAGAUUGGAUAAGGUUGCGCGUAUCUGAAGGUCGAGGCUCAGAAUGUUUUGAUGCUAUCUUGAUGCCAGAAAUGAGCAAUUCAGUUGUAGAAAAGGGGAUGAAGGAGGUCCUAGGAAUAGCGAUUCGAUGCAUUCGAUCAGUUUCAGAAAGACCUGGCAUCAAGACUAUAUAUGAAGAUCUUUCUUCUAUAUAGUUUGCUCUUGCUAACAACUUGAACUCUGACAUGUUAUGGGAAUCAAUGUCUCAUUGGCAACCUGUGUUUGUUCAGAGCUUGGCUUUUUAACAUGUUUGUAAUUGUAUUGACCAUUUUUUUCAUGUAAAAAUGGGGCAUAUUGGAAAAGCAGAUACAUGGCUAGUACAUGAUGGUGAUGACCAUCUAAUUUUGUCUUAAAGUAGUAUGUGUUAUGAAAUCUGAAUCAUUUUGGUUGAUUUCAUUCAUUGCUGUACUAUGGCUAGCAUUACUUGUUUGCCCUA